UGGAAUUUCGAUUGUUGCCCUUUUUCUCCUUGGUGCAGUAGAAGGAAAUGAAGUCUGCUAUGAAAAUAUUGGCUGUUUCUCUGAUAAGCCCCCCUGGUCAGGAAUACCUGGGAGACAGCUGAUAGGUUUGCCCCAGUCUCCUGAAAGUAUGAAUAUUUCUUUCUUUCUCUUCACCAAAAAGUCUCGAAAUACAUCACAAAAAAUUUCAGCCAGAAAUACAUCAACCAUAGAAAAGUCCUACUUCUCUCCAUCAAGAAAAACUGCCUUUGUUAUCCAUGGAUUCGCCAGCACAGGAAGAAAAGGCUGGGUUGUGGAGAUGUGUUUGCUGCUUGUAGAUGUGGAAAAUAUAAACUGUAUUGCUGUAGAUUGGAAAGAAGGAGCAAAAGGCACAUACUUUGUUGCGGCAAGCAACAUACGUGUUUUGGGGGCAGAGAUCGCUUAUCUUAUUAGUACUAUCAAGAAACUGUACAAAUACAGCCUUUCAAAAGUCCACCUGAUUGGUCAUAGUCUUGGUGCUCAUACUGCUGGAGAAACAGGACGGCGAUUUCGUGGUGUUAACCAACAAAUUUCAGGCAUCGGUAGAAUAUCUGGCUUGGACCCAGCUGGACUCUGUUUUGAAGGCAUGCCCAUUAAGGUCAGGCUGGAUCCUUCUGAUGCUGUUUUUGUUGAUGUCAUACAUAGCAAUGCUGGGAAGUCACUCAUUAUAGGACUAGGGAUGUAUAAUUCUACUGGCGAUAUUGAUUUUUACCCUAAUGGAGGAACUAAUAUGGUUGGAUGUGGUGAUCACAUUAGAUCAAAAGAAGAAGACCACCCUGAAACUACUUCUAGCUUUCCUUUGGCAGCUAAUCGUAUUGUGGGAACUUGCCACCACUCACGAAGCCAUGGGUACUUCAAAUAUAGUAUUAUCUGUCCUAAUGGAUUUCUUGGUUAUCCAUGCGAAUCAUAUGAGUCUUUCACGGAGGGAAAUUGCUUUCCAUGCCCCAAAGAAGGCUGCCCCAUGAUGGGUUAUUAUGCAGAUCGGUUCUACGAUAAAUUGAAGAAGGAGGACACUCCAAAGUAUUUUUUAAAAACUGCGCCUACGGAGCCAUUUUGCAACUGGAGAUAUAAUAUCUCUAUCAAGCUAUCUGGAGCUGCACGUGGAGAUAUUAAUAUAAUUUUUCAUGGUAAAGAGGGAAACACAAAGCAAUACCAAAUUGCAAGUGGCUGUCUUUGGAAUGGGCAAAUAUAUUCAAAGAUCAUUGAUACAGAAAUUAAUCUUGCCAAUGUGACAAGAGUUGAGUUUCUUUGGUAUAAGAAGUUCUUCACUUUACUUUGGGCUAAGCUGGGAGCAGAAAAAGUGACUUUAACUCCUGGUCAGGAUGGGCAUAAGUCUCACUUUUGUGGCAAUGGAAAAGUAGCAUAUGGAGUUCUUCAAACUCUUAUACCUUGUUGACCUUCCCCUCCCCCAAAGAAGCUAAUAUACAAACUGUAAUAGUAAAGAAGAACAGCUUUUUGCACUUCGGCACAGACAUAGUUGCAAGUUUUGAAACAUGGCCCUUCGAAGCAAGUUUUUGUUAUGUUUUCAUCAUUAUUUCAACUGUGCAAAAUCAGUAUUAAAUACUUGGAAGUUGAUAUCAGAACACGGGACCUUGAUAUUUGCACAAAGUUCGUUUAGCAACAAAUUAUCUGAACUUCCCCAGCUAUGAAGGAAAUAGGAUACCAGAACUCAUUUGUAUCCCAUGAAAGGGUCCAGAUGGAUUAGUAGGAAAUGGAGGACACAGCCGAAAGCC